AUGAAUCUAAGACAAUAUACCAUUGGUCUGAUUAUCUUAUGUUCGGUAUUAUGUGGAAGUUCUUCCAAACAUAAGAGUCAAAAUCGUCAUCGUCCUAAAAUGGAAGGCCAGUUUUUUGGAUCAAUUGCUGAAGACACUUAUGUGGUUGAGAUUCAUCCACCUCUUGUUGCAAUUGACAAAGAUGCUCCAAGAGUUCCAGGUCUUAUUUGUGAAUAUCGUUUACACAACUUGCCUGAGAACAAUGGAGAAGAAAUUCCAUUCAUGGUUAAUGUGGUUGACCGGCGUACUGGGGAUGGUGAAAUUGUUUUGAAACCAAACUGGAAUUUCCUUGAUUGCGAAAAUCGAACUGAAUAUUCAUAUUUGAUAUCGGCGCAUGAUUGUGGUGUUGGUCAGACUAGUGAAGGGAAUUACAAAUCUCAACGUAGCUCAACCAAGUAA